CUGGUUAGGUAUGGGGUGGGGAUAAGACGGGAGAUGGGUAAUGGAAGAAAGAGAAGAGGGAACUGAAGAAAUUGACCGUGUUCUUAGCGAAUACGCCAGAAGGCAAAUUUCGCGGCGAGUUGAGGUCUGUGUGAAACUCAAGCCUCCUCCUGUCUAUAACUGAUGCUUCCCACCUAUGUUUCCUCAGGUGGUUCGGUCCGACCUGGCCUACAGGACUAGACUCGAGAUGACAACAGCAACACGACAAGAAGUUCUCAGCCUGUAUCGCAGGAUUUUCAGGCUUGCAAGGAGGUGGCAUGCAGCAUCGGGGCAGAUGGAGGACACCAUCAGAGAAAAGCAGUACAUUAUAAAUGAAGCCAGAACGUUAUUCCAGAAAAACAAAAAUCUUACAGAUUCAGAACUAAUCAAACAAUGUAUAGAUGAAUGCACAGCAAGAAUUGAAAUAGGAUUGCAUUAUCAAAUCCCAUAUCCAAGACCAAUUCACCUGCCUCCAAUGGCCCUCACUCCCCUACAAAGUCGUGGACUUCAGAGCCAGGAGAAGCUAAGGAAACUGUCCAAACCAUUAUAUCUCAAGUCUCACAAUGAAGUUUCUUAAUCAAAGAAAUAGAUUCUCUAUGUGAAUUGAACUUUGAGCCAGGCAGUGCCUGAACACAAAAUUAGAUAAUAAAUUUUUUCUCCUUGAUUUAAGUCCAGUCAGAGAAAGGAAUGACAAAGAAUAUAGUUUUUGCUAUAAUUUCUCUUAAACACUCAAAGAUUUGGAUUAUCACUCUCGUAACACUAAUUUAUAUGUUCUUAAAUUUAUUAGUACCAAUGUGUUGCCACUAGGAUAGAAUUAUGUUAAUUCCCAAAGGUCAUUCCUAAUUAUGAUUUUAGUAACAUUUUAGAUGAAAGCAUGAGCAUAGCAAGAAUUGGGUUUAAAUUUAAAUUUUAAACAUUAAAUUUUUUUUGAGGAAAUAAGCUGCAGAGUACUUAACUACUAUAGAAAAUAUAGUAUGUCAGAAAAAUUUUGGAGAGAAAGGAAAUGUCCCAGCUUUUCAGAAAUUGGAUAUAGUGUAUUUAAUUCUGUUCGUUAAAUGUAUACAGUAUACAAAGCAAAUUCUAAUACAUAUAACUUAUAAUUCUGACCUCAAAAGCCACACUGCAAACUCAUAAUAGGUAAAAGUAAUCACUUUCUAAUUGACAACAAAAUUGGAAUCUCAAAAGCAGAAGAAUAUGCUGUAUAAAUUACAAAGCUAGGCUGAUUUUAAAUUAUAUACAAAUAGGAAAAGGAAAAUCUAGAUCAAAAGGAGAAAGGACUGUGCCUUUGUGAUAAGCCAAGGGAAGAACCCUUGAGAGUCACUGUACAUCACUUUUGUGUUCAAAGAUAAUUUUCUUUUGUGUUCAAAGAUAAUUAAAAUCUUAAGCAAAAAAUGA